AUGCCUUGGCCGCAACGAAGAUUCCGGCACGCUGCAGAACAACUGCAAGAUGAGGACGUGCGAGGUCUUCCAGAGGAUCAGGACUUUGAGGAGGUCGAUCUUUCUAGAAACAGCUUCAGCAUCUAUGGCUUCUUGAGUAUUACGAAGUUCUGCCGAGCACAAUCGCAACUGCGCAUCCUGAAGCUCUUCAAAUGCGGAUUGUGUGAUCAAGCUGCACACUUGGUGAGCCUAGUGGUGCUGGAGAAUCCGCACUAUUUGGAAGAGGUGCAUUUGUCUCACAACGUCCUCACUGAAAUCGGUGCUGUCUCCAUCAUUCGCGCCGCUGAGCGCAAUCGUGUGCGCGGCAAUGAGCCGCUAUGGCUGCGGCUUGAGCGCAACAACAUCAAGAACGCUGGCGAGGUUCUCUCAGAAUUGGAGAAAACCUCGCACAUUUGCGGCUUUUAUCCGAAGAAGGGGUGUCGAGCGCGCCAUUGCCCUGGCAGGAACAUUAUCCAUCUUCCGUAUUUCAUCAACCAGUUGGACUCCAAAUCCGUGGAGGUUGAACAGGAUCCCGCACUUGACCCCUUCGACAUCAGCUUUCGUUUUAAUUCAUGGCGUCGACAUAGCGAGCAUGAUGACCGAGGGGCUCCCGAGGGCAUCCAUGAUGAUGACGGUGACGAUGAGAUGUAUGCAGGGCACCCCGAGCAUCGUUGGCAUCGGCGAGCCGCGCGCGCAGCUCCUGAGCCACACCGCUUUCGGCAGUGUCCUGACGUGCGGGUGCCGCGUGUGCAUGCACCAGAGUCUUGGCGAAGGGCGCCGAACGAUCACGAGGGAUACGAGGAUGAUGGAUACGAGGGCGAAGAAGGCGAAGAUGAAGAAAACGAAGGCGUUGAGGAUGAAGCAACAAGGUAUGGUCGCAUGGCGUCUGGAGCGCACUGGAGUUCUCGUGAAGUACGGAGAGCGAGGUUGAACUGCGAAAGCGAAUCGGAGGGCGAGAGCGAUCUAAGACCAGAGGCAGCUGACUUUCAAGGUCCGGAGAGAGAGCAGAGAGAGCGAAGCCGCAGCCGAGCGCUGCCGUUGGACCCAAGGGAGUUGUUGCUGUGGGAGGAGCAGCUCAUGGCUCGGCAACGUCGACUGGACGAGAUGGAACGUCAGUACCGCGGGCGAGGUCGAAAACACAAACGCAAAAGGUUGGCUGUGCCGUAG